CAGUAGUAUGAUGAUGUUGAUUAUUAUUAUUAACUUAUUAGCACAGUAUUGGCAAUAUAGAUCCCAUAAGGAGUUAGCUAGAUUAAAUAAUAAUAGUAAUAGUAAGCAGUAUGGUAUACCUAAUGGUGGAUUAUUUAAUUAUAUUUCAUGUCCACAUUACACAUGUGAGAUUAUUAUAUAUACAUCAUUAU